UUUGCUUGGAAAAGCACAAUGAAAAUUAUGCGAUCCGAAUGCAAUACUUUCUAUUUCAAUGUUAUGGUUACAUCAACUAAACAGUUGACCAGUUGCAAUGCGAAAAUCUUUCACUUUUGGCCAACUGCCAACUGCAAUAUAAAAGCCAGCUAACGGAUUGCAGGCACUCGCAUUGUUUAACUGCAAUUCGCGGCGCGUGGAGCUACCAAUACACAAAUCUCAGCCAUAAAAUGUUGUUAAUUCUGUUCGUCUGCGGCAUGUCUCUUAGCUAUGCGUCGGAGCACACUGGCGAGGGGCACUUUGACGGUGGAGGAGGUGGAGGUGGUACCGGCAUCGGAGGUUAUCAUCAUCAGCACCAAGACACGCCCACCACUUACUCGGAGAUAUCGAAGCAUGUGCCUGUCCAUGUCAUUGAGAAGGUGCCAUUGCCCAUACCGCAUCCCGUGGCCGUACAAGUACCCAAUGUUAUACGGCUGGAAAUACCAGAGCCCUAUGCGGUUCAUGUUCCGGUGCAACAGGAAAUUCAAAUUCCCUAUUACAAAAUAGUUCCCGAAAUAACGGAACGCAAGAUACCUUAUACGGUGGAAAAACCCUACCCAGUUGAAGUUGAAAAACCGUAUCCCGUCGAAGUGAUCAAGCACAUUAAAAUACCUGUGCCCAAGCCAUAUCCUGUGCCCUAUACCAUUUAUAAGCACGUCCUGCACAAGGAGCACGGCUGGUGAGCCUUCAGAGGUCGCUAACAAAGUUCUAGAUUGUGU